AUUUCCAAAUUGGGGGUUAUAGAGUGAUAUUUUGACAAGGCGUCCGGAAACGUCAAGGACUGUUCUGCAGCCUUCAUGGCUGCCGCGAGUUCGUUCUUGCGGGGUCCGCUGUCCGUCCGCGCUUUGGGUUUCAUCGGGUUGUCCAAUAAUCGUCUUCCCCAGUCUCUCACACUCUUCCAUCCUCCAGUUCAUCACCGCAGGUCUUACGUAAGUGCUGCAACUGAUGAAGAGGUUUCUGCCAGGAUUUCUGCUGUAACUGCCAAUAGUGAAGCCCCUACAAUAUUUGAUAAAAUAAUUGCUAAGGAGAUACCUUCGACCAUUGUAUAUGAGGAUGAGAAAGUUCUUGCUUUCCGGGAUAUCAAUCCACAAGCUCCCGUUCAUGUUUUAAUUAUUCCAAAAUUAAGGGAUGGGUUAUCACAACUUAGUAAGGCUGAAGAAAGACACACUGAGAUCUUAGGUCAUCUUCUCUUUGCUGCCAAAGUUGUAGCAGAGAAGGAAGGAAUCCUUGAUGGCUUUCGGGUUGUUGUCAACAAUGGCCCUCAAGCAUGUCAAUCUGUUUACCAUCUUCAUUUGCACGUACUGGGCGGGAGACAGAUGAAAUGGCCUCCAGGCUAAGGUUCAAAUUUUAUAUACAGGAAAGGAAUAUCAUAAUGACAAUUCUCCUUUAGGCUGCAUCCUCAGCUUUCCAAACUUUUAUUAUUAAUUCUGUUGAUAAAUCUCUCACCCACAACUUUUCGUUGGACAAUCAUGUCCAAACCCAGACCCAUUGGCAGGCCAGCCCCGAAAAAAGAAAAAAUAAAAUUGGCCCGGUUCUAAAUUUACAUUUUGGGCCCUAUUUUUUUUGGAUACUUUUCCUUUAAAAUUAUUAACAAAUUUAAAAGUAUGGGGGCCUAAAAUUUUAGAACCCUGUGCAGUUGGCCACUUUGCACACCCUCCGGACCACUCAUGAUCAUUGGGUUGGAUAUAGUUUAAUUAAUCAUGCCUUGACUUCACGGAGUUUUAAAGAGUAAAAAAAAGAGAGACUGUGAACCACAUAUUUUUACUUUAUCAGGAAAGUAAAAACAUGAGAAAUAU